AUGGCGACCCGAUAUUCCUUGAGGCAGACGCCGCGCAAGAAGGAGCUCUUCGACGGAAUGGUCGAGACUCCAGGCCGGCGCUCAACGCGGCGCAAGUCUCAAUUCCCCUUCGACGGCUCCGAUGCCGACGGCGACUCCAGCUCUGCCGCCGAGAGUACAACAACGCGCUCCAAGCCUCUUCGUCGACGUGGUGUCCCCAAAUUCGUCGAGCACAUUGACGAGGACUCGUCCUCCCCCGAGGUACCGGUAUCGAAUGGAACAAACGGCCAUAUUAAAGAGAUCAAAAAGGAGGCUGUCGACGAGAAACCGUUCUUGAACGGCAAUGGCGUGGCCCCGGUCAAGGUUAAUGGUGUAAACGGCUCAGCCAAUGGUCGCACAGACUAUCAGACGAGCGGUAGCCUCCCCGGCCUUGUCAAUGGCGUCUCGAAACAACUUGUCGUCGAUGGCUGGAUGCCAGGCAAGGACCCCAAGGUCGAUUACUCGGGCAACUUUGAGUUCGGCGGCUCAUUUGGGGUGGGCGCGAUGAUGAUUGGAUUCCCCAUCCUAAUGUGGUAUAUGUGGAUUGGAGCAACGUUCUACGACGGCGGCUUCCCUACGCGCGCUCCUGGUCAAACUUGGUCAGAAUUCGGAAAGCAUCUGGUCAACAUCGUGUACACCGAGGCAUUUCCCUCUCUCAAGGCAUGGGUUAUGUACUGGAUCUUCUUCGUCUGGGGCGGCUUGUGCUACCUCUUCAUGCCUGGCAUUUACGCUUAUGGCAAGCCUCUUCCGCAUGAAGGUGGUAAGCAGAUGAAGUACUACUGCUCUGCGUUCACCAGCUUGUACAUGACCAUGGCCGCUCUUGGCGUGCUGCAUUUCACCGGCAUAUUCAAGGCGUACACCAUCAUCGACGAGUUCGGUCCUCUCCUGAGCGUUGCCAUCAUCUCUGGGUUCAUUGUGAGUUUCAUCGCAUAUUUCUCUGCGAUUGCUCGGGGGAAGCAGCACCGCAUGACUGGCUAUCCUGUCUACGACUUCUUCAUGGGUGCGGAGCUCAACCCCCGGAUGUUUGGCAUCCUCGACUUCAAGAUGUUUUUCGAGGUCCGCUUCCCCUGGUACGUUCUGCUCACCCUGACGCUCGCGACCGCCGCGCGCCAGUACGAGAACAACGGCUACGUGUCGGGCGAGGUCAUGUUCAUCCUGAUGGCGCAUUACCUGUACGCCAACGCGUGCUCCAAGGGCGAGGAGCUGAUCGUGUCUACCUGGGACAUGUACUAUGAGAAAUGGGGCUUCAUGCUCAUCUUCUGGAACAUGGCUGGCGUCCCUCUGUCGUACUGCCACUGCACCCUCUUCCUGGCCAACCACCACCCCGAUGAGUACAGGCACAACCGCUGGGUUCUGGCGGCUAUGUUCGUCUGCUACCUGUUCGUGUACUGGGUCUGGGACAGCUGCAACAGCCAGAAGAACCGCUUCCGCGCCCAGGAGCGCGGCAAACUUGUCGUUCGCAAGACCUUCCCCCAGGUGCCGUGGCAGACUCUCAAGAACCCGAAGAUCAUCAAGACCGAGUCUGGGGACUCUAUCCUGGUCGAUGGUUGGUAUGGCCUGGCGAGAAAGGUCCACUACGCCUGUGACGCAUACUUUGCGAUCAACUGGGGCCUCAUUUGCGGUUUCAAGAGCCCCUUCCCGUGGUUCUACCCCGUCUUUUUCUGCUGCAUGAUCGCCCACCGAGCCUGGCGCGACAUUGAGCGCUGCAGACUCAAGUACGGCGAGGCCUGGAAGGAGUAUGAGAGGCAGGUUCCUUACCUGUUCAUUCCCUACGUGAUUUAA